UCCAACGACGAGUACGAUCCAAACGAUGUGUACUCAGCUUCAGUAGCUGUGAUUACAGCAAUAGUCAGAACAGGCGGCUCGGCUAUGAUUCAGAGUGCCCGGAUCUCGGACAUGGAAGAAUACCGCAGGAUCUGCACAACCGCCCCAGAAGAUCGCUGA